GUUUGCCGUAACGUAAUGCUUCAUCGUAUUCCGAACGAGAAUGAAUUCUGGGAGGUAUUUCGUGAUGUGACACGUAAAUUGGCAGCUAGAUGCCGACGUGUACGUCAUUCAAAGAAGACCAGGUGUGAGGCCGCGAACGAACAAUCCAACACAACAGUUCGUAUUCGCGACUGUAAUGCUAGUUGUAUUGAUAAUCAGCAUCACCGUCUCACUUCUGAGUCUAUUCGAAAUGCCUCACAUACACAUCUUUCUAAUUCACCACCAUUCAAAUCUGCUGGAAUCGGUGUUGUAGCGGCACCAUGA